AUGAUUGAUGGCAUCACUGGGAACAAAAAACCAGUAUAUGUUCCUUAUCCCCGUUGGUUUGGACUGAUGUUAUAUCAUGAGGAAGGCAAUGUUGGAAGUCAUGGGAUUAUUAUUCCAAUUGCUGCCCUUUCCUCAAAGAUUAUUUAUGUCACUCCACCUGAAGAUGUUUUUCUUAUUACUAAAAAGAUGAAAAAAUUGAUUGAAAAACCUUAUGUGGUUGAAUUCUUUGACUCUCAAGAAGACAAUGAUGAAAAUAGUGAUGAAGAAGACCCUAAUGAUGAAGGGGCUGAUCAAGAGAAAGACGUUGAGAUUGAAAUAACUCAUUAUUUGGGAAGAAGAUUGUAUAAAGUUGUAAAGGAUGUUGCUGAGAUGAAGCGGUUUAUGGAUUUAGGUGAUGAUGAUACUAAUGAUAUGGUUAUUGAUGAAUCUCCUCCAAACUCUCCAGAUGAUAAUCCUCCUCCACCUCCACCUCCACUUCCAUCAUCAAAUCCUACACCACCUCUUCUACCAUCUACUUCUCUUCCUAGAACUCCUUCAGCACAUUUUGGUUCUCCUCCCCUAUCUGAUGCUUCUAGAAAGGGUGGAAUAAUCAAGGGUUUCCUGAUUAGCAAUUAG